AUGCUGGCGUGCUGGUGUUGGUGGGAUAUUUUUCUGGCAUUCAAGAUGCUACGAAAUUUUGGGGAUGAAAAUGACUGGCGUCUGCUGUACAGUGGGAGGUUGAAAGCUUGCGCCCUGAAAUCUAUCCUUGGAAUUGACUUUGCAACUGUUGCAUCUGCAAUUCAUUAUGCUUUCCACAUUUGGAAACCAGUGGAGCAGGCAGUUACAGAGACAGCAAAGAGGAUUUCAAAUUCUAGUCUUUCAUCAAACCGUAAAGGAGGAUUUGAGCAGAAAAUGAGUAAGCAAGAGGCUAGUCUUAUUUUAUUUGUAAGUCCAUUUACUGGCAGGACCAAAAUCAGAACAGCCCAAAGAAGAAUCAUGAUUUUGAAUCAUCCUGAUAAAGAUGGAUCACCUCACUUAUCAACAAAAAUAAAUGAAGCAAAAGACUUGUCGGAAUCCACUGACAAUGACUGA